GGGGGCUGUUGCCUCAGAUGGGACCAGCAACCAAGCUGACAGAUAAGAGUACGCACUAGGACCUUAAUGCCAGACAAGUUUGAAUCACCAAGGAAUAAGCUCUAACAACUCCGACCUCCUUUUGUAUUAUCAAUUCUCAUUCACUACACCAUGUCGCCAACGGCCAACUGUACUCAAUUGCCCACGCCUGCGCAGGCACCGAAGGUCAAUGGCGCCCCUCUCCGAUCCAAAGAAUACUUCGAAAAGCGAUCAGCGGAUGAGAUGCAGAAAAAUCUCAAAAUACCUGAACGUACUCUCCAAGAGACUCUAGCUUGUGCCUGUCGGCUUAUCGCAGCUAAGCAAGAGGAUGCUGGUUUGGCUGGUCAAAUCAGUGCGCGGUCUGACCGAGGCGAUGGCUUUUACUGGACUCUUAAGUUUGGCUUGGGCUGGGAUGAGGCUAUGCCGGAGGACUUCAUCGAGGUAGAUGGAGAUCUCAAUACCGUCACCGGCGAAGGGAUGCCUAACCCAGCGAUACGCUUCCAUAUAUGGGUUUACGCCGGUCGGCCUGACAUUCAGUCCAUCAUUCACACACAUUCCCCCUGGGUACAGGUCAUGGCAGCCGCCAAAGAACCCCUUAUAGUUGCUCAGAUGGACAUGACACCGUUCUUCAACGAUUGCGCAUUCCUAGGUGAAUGGCCCGGCGUCCCUAUCGCUGAUCAAGAGGGCGUUAUUAUUACAGAGGCUCUGGGAGACAAAUACUCGAUUCUGCUGGCUAACCAUGGGAUGUUGACGGCUGGGAGGAGCAUCCAAGAGGCAACAUAUCUGGCAGUAUAUCUCGAGAGAGCAGCUCGCAUUCAGGUUCAAGCACGAGCUUUUGGUCCUUUUAAACCAGUUGAUGAAGAAUUGGCUCGCGAAGCCGGUUCUUAUUUACGUCGGCCUAGAAUCAUGAAUGCAACCUUUGAGUACUGGUACCGGCAAACGAGGCCUAUCAAGCCGCUACCAUUCUAGGUCGGCCGUUUAUUUUCUGUUUGUUUUGUUUCUAGUAUGUUAGUCGCUUAAAAUGAGUCG